GGCGUGGGCGGAGCUGGGACGUGGCUUGCAAAAGGGAACCCGCGGAGGCCUAAGGGUGAGAGGGCAGCUGGGGUUAGAGAUUUGGAGGAAGUGGGACCAGCCUGGAGAACACGUGAGGAAAGGCCCCUACUCUCCUUUAUUGUUAGGGGUUGGUAGUUCGGGGACAACCCAGGCCCGGUGUAUGGCCACGGAGUUACAGUGUGCGGACUCCAUGCCCUGUCACAACCAGCAAGUUAACUCAGUCUCUACCCCAAGCUCCGAGCUGCCACGACCUGGCGACCUGAUUCCUGACCAUGCCGGGGCAAACAGCGCCUCCACGGCUAAACUGACUUUCCUCACAGGGCACGCCCAUUCUCUGGUACAGGCCGAGCGGGACCCUCAGGCCUGCGGCGGUGCCACCCUCAACUCGGAUAACAACGGAGACAGUGGCAACGAUGACGCACCAGCCAGCGACUCCCUCCUAGGGGACUGCGACGUCUCCCAGCAGAUCGGGGCGCAGCUUAAGUUGCUCCCUAUGAAUGAUCAGAUCCGGGAGCUGCAGACCAUCAUCCGGGACAAGACAGCCAGUAGAGGGGACUUCAUGUUUUCUGCAGAUCGUUUGAUCAGACUGGUUGUGGAAGAGGGAUUGAAUCAGCUGCCAUAUAAAGAAUGCACGGUGACCACUCCAACAGGGUACAAAUAUGAAGGAGUGAAAUUUGAGAAGGGAAAUUGUGGGGUCAGCAUAAUGAGAAGCGGUGAGGCAAUGGAACAAGGUUUACGAGACUGCUGUCGAUCCAUACGAAUUGGAAAGAUCCUGAUUCAGAGUGAUGAGGAGACACAAAGAGCCAAAGUAUAUUAUGCCAAGUUCCCUCCAGAUAUUUACAGAAGAAAAGUUCUUCUGAUGUAUCCAAUUCUUAGUACAGGAAAUACUGUAAUUGAAGCUGUAAAGGUUCUUAUAGAACACGGAGUUCAACCCAGUGUUAUCAUUCUACUUAGUCUGUUCUCCACUCCUCAUGGUGCCAAAUCGAUAAUUCAAGAGUUUCCAGAGAUCACGAUUUUAACUACUGAAGUUCAUCCUGUUGCACCUACACAUUUUGGACAGAAGUACUUUGGAACAGACUAAGUGAUUGAGGGAAAAUUAAUUUUCUUGUGUAAUAAUACACUUACAUUUUAAGUUUCUACCUGUUUUAUGAAUUUGCUUGAGAUAUCAGAGAAAAUUGUUAUGCUUUGUAAUUUUUGGAAGUGGGUAUAGUAAAAAGGAAAUACUUGAGGUUUAUUUAUUUUAUUUGGUUUUCUUGACUGCUGCACCAAAUUCAGUAACAAAUCACACACACCUCUUAGAAAAGAUUUUAAUAAUGUGCUUAUGUAAAUUGUUGAACCUUCAGUAUAUUGAAAUUGUUUUCUAAUUUUAUGAACCUCUGAGUUUGAUGGUUGCUUGCCAAUAAAACCCAAACGGGAGGUGGUUCUUCGGUCCACUAUAGUUUGCACCUUGUUUCGUUUGCUUUUAGUUCCAGGAGUGUUCAUGUAUGUGGCUGUUAUCAUCUUCCUCUAUUCUUUACUUGCUGAUACAGUACAUGCUGGUAACUUGGAAAGGAUAAAAAGAAUGCUUCCUGGAAUUUUGCAUCUCCAUUAAUAUCCUUGCUCAAUUGGCAGACCCAGGAUACAAGGUUAACUCAUCAGUUGGGUCAUGAUAUUCUUCAUGAUACAUUUCACAUACCGUGCCAUUGUUGGUCUGUGCUUUGCCAAGUAUAACAUAGUGAAGGUGGUGGGCAGGAUAUGGGCUAUGAAAACUGUAGCAGAAAUUAACUGGACUGAAGCAGGGAUCCUGGGACACAGACGAGGGAGGGCUAAGUACUGUUAAUGCCAUUAGUGCCCUAGGAAAUGAUUAGUGGUGGGUCUCUGAGGUGUGGGGGAAAGGAUGGUUUCUUGCUGGGUAUUAUGGCCAAUAGGUAAAUUAUAAUGUCUCAUUUUUAGUUUGGGGUUUUCUAUUAGAAGCCUUUGACUUGAAGACCAGUUAUGUUGCAUGUUUGUCAACUGUAGAUUAUUAAAAUGGGGAAAAUACCAUGAUUUAAAAAAAUUCCUAGGGUUUAUAUGUUUAUCUAUGGGCAUCUGAAAGGAAGGGAAACUCAUUUUAGAAACCGGUGUUUGUGUUCUGAAACUUGCUUGUAAAACCCUGAUCUCAUUUUACAUUGAUAUUAAAACAUUUUA